AUGAACACAGCAAUAACUAGAAAAGAAAUGGAUCGGAUCAAAGGUCCAUGGAGUCCUGAAGAAGACGAAGCUCUUCAAAAGCUCGUUGAGAAGCACGGGCCGAGAAACUGGUCGAUAAUCAGCAAAUCGAUUCCUGGCCGGUCUGGGAAAUCCUGCAGGUUACGUUGGUGUAAUCAGCUUUCUCCUCAGGUGGAGCAUCGGGCUUUCACGGCGGAAGAGGAUGAUACUAUAAUCAGAGCCCAUGCCCGAUUCGGAAACAAAUGGGCUACCAUAGCUCGUCUUCUCUCGGGUCGAACCGACAACGCUAUUAAAAACCACUGGAACUCUACUUUGAAACGUAAGUGUUCUUCUAUUAUGAUCGAUGAAUCUCCACCGUUGAAAAGAUCUGUAAGUGCUGGUGCUGCUAUACCUGUUUCUACUGGGAUUUACAAAAACCCUCCCAGUCCGGGGAGUCCUUCUGGAUCCGAUGUGAGCGAGUCCAGUGUACCUAUCGUGAACUCUUCUCAUAUUUACCGUCCUGUGCCUACAAGAACCGUCGCGGCUCUACCUCUCGUAGAAACGAAAACGACGUCGUCUUCCAAAUCCAAUGAUCCUCCAACUUCACUUUCGUUAUCACUUCCUGGUAUAGACUCUUCUUCUGAAGAUUCAAAUCGUGUAACAGAGCCUGUUACCACUGCACCUCCACCGCCUCCUCCUCCACCGCCAUGUGCGAUUCCUUUGGUUCCGAUAAUGAAUGCGCCGAUUCCGAUGGCGGUUCCGAUGCAGGCGCAGAGAGGAUCGGGUGUUCCGUUCAAUUUUAGCGCGGAAUUAUUGACAGUGAUGCAGGAAAUGAUAAGGACGGAGGUGAGAAGUUACAUGGCAGGAUUGGAGCAGCAGAAUGGGAUGUGUAUUACUGAUGACGGAUAUAGGAAUGCAUCGGUGAAGCGUAUGGGAAUUAGCAGGAUCGAUUCGUAA